AUGUCUGCGUCGUACGAUAUAAGUUGGUUGAAUUAUAUUAACGUGCAAAUGAAUCGAUAUUUUCCACUGCCAUUUGUUGUAUUUGGUACAAUUGGUCUGAUUUUGAAUAUGAUUAUUUUUACUCGUCGCAGUCUUUGCAAUAAUUCGUGUGUACAAUACUUACUAUACAAUAGCCUAUCGAAUUUGAUUGUUUUAUACUGGGUGGUUAUCACAAGAAUAGUUUCUGACGGUUAUGGGAAUGAUUUGAGUCUACGUUCGGAUAUCUUUUGUAAAAUUCGAUAUUUUUUAACGUAUUAUUCUCGAACAUUAGCCACAUGGUUCAUUGUCCUAGCUUGCAUCGAUCGUUGGUUAUCAAGUAUACAAGCGAAACAGCGUUUUAAUCGAGUUUCAUUCGCUCGUCGUAUGAGUGUCAUCACAUGUUUGAUCUGCUUCAUAUCGUAUGUUCAUGUUUUAUUUCUUUUCGGUAUUCAAAUUGAUUCAAUUUCAUCUGCCAAAUCAUGCUACGCCUUAGCAGGCAUUUAUCGAUUUCUAUCCGAUUUGCAGUACCUACUUUUUUACGCAUUAGUGCCACCAAUACUCAUGUUUGUUUUUGGAAUACUAACAUUACGGAAUAUUCGACGUAGGCGCCGGUUAAUUAUUCCCACAGUGUAUGCAAGAACUCAACUCCGAACAAAUGGAAAUAAAAGACGCGACACACAAUUGCUAAUCAUGCUUCUCAUUCAAGUAUUGAUUAUCAUCGUAUUUACGUUACCAUUCGCAAUACAAAAAUUAGUUGAUACAUUUUCUUCACAAACCCAACAGACACCUUUACAAAAAGCUCAAUAUAGUCUCUUAAUAGCGAUUCUACGUUUACUAUCAUACGGUUCUCAUGCACUCGGAUUCUUCUUCUAUACACUUUCAGCGAGAAUUUUCCGAAAUGAAUUAUUGAACACACUCAAUCGAAUCUAUCGUUUCUUUACUGGUAAAAAUUGUCUCAAACAAAGCACGUCGCAAGUUAUGGAUGGAUUCUUCACUCAGAAUGAUAUCGAUGGUAUGAAAAGCGUCGGACUUUAA